UAUCAGGUCAUAAUUGCGGAAUCUAACCCAAAUCAUAUUGCACGAGAUCUUGUUCAUUGUUUUGUGGAGUAUGAUUUCUCUGAUCAUACGAUUGACCACGUGCAUGCCAGUGAAAUCAUAAGUUUAUUACGCAGACGAGAAAUUAAGGCUGAUGGUUGUAUUUCAUUUUGUAACGAAUGUACACCUUUGGCGGCAUUAAUAUGUGAACAAUUAGAAUUAAGAGGUGUGAGUUAUAAGUCCGCCAUCGUAGCGAGCUCGAAAUCACAAACACAGAAUGUAUUGAGCAAGAGUAAAAUAAAAAUUGACGAUGUGCAAACUAUAGAUGUAUAUUCUACACAGGCAGUUCAUCUAAGAAGUGAUCUGGACUGUGAUACUUUACCGGAAAGUUUUAAGUUUCCGGCGAUACUGAAACUAGAUAAUUGUUCAGGAGGCAUCGGAGCUUGCAUGGUUAAAAGCAAAGAAGAAUUGAAGAAACAAUUUCAACAAAUUACAAGCUCUCUGUGCACCGAUUCGGACUUUCCAAGGAUUGGACUGAGUCGAGGCAAUUCAAUGACAACAUUUGAGUUUUACAAUGGUACUGAGCACAAUGUCGAUGUCAUGUUAUAUGACAAAACUCUUGUAUGGGCUUUUAUAACUGACAGUGGAAUAGUACGACAGCCAAUUUAUAUAGGUACUGCUAAACGGAUGCCUUCAUUUCUACCAGACGACAGCCGCAAUCAGCUGAUAGACGCUGCCUUUAAAUGCUGUUUAGGGAUAGGUCUUACAGAUGGAACGUUCAGUGUUGAGUUUAUAAUGACAGCAAACGGCCCGAAAUUGUUAGAAAUCAAUCCAAGAAUUUUUUUUUAUUUUAUUCCAAGAAUGUGCGGAUAUAUCUUCCGGGAUUGGAUACUGAAGUUGUACGGAAUCGAUAUCAUGUUAUAUACAAUGAUGAUAUCUUGUGGAAUAAAACCUGAAAUACCAAACAGUUCAACAGACACAAUACAGAUGGGCGUAAUGGUGAUACCAUCUUUACAUGGAAAACUCCUUACAGAUGAUCACUACAAAAGUAAGUUGAAUGAAAUGAUUGAUAGUGGCGAUGUGUUCUUUCUGCAGUCCUUACAAGUAGAUGAUUUUUGGCAUGUGUCUACCUAUGACAAACUGUUUGGAAAUGUUGCUGUUUCCGGCUCAAAUCCGAUCGAAGUAAAGAGGAAAUUGAUGAAUGUGUGCAGAGCGCUCGACAUAGAUCAACACGAUUAUCAAGUUGACACUUUUAUAAGGAACUUUUGA